AUACGUUGGUUGGAUACGAAGCGAGUAGGUUCUGCGGAUGCUAAUGUUGUUGCUGUUUUCCGAAGGCCAAAAAUGGAUGAAAAAAAGACUUCAGUCAAGUCGAAACUAUUUAUUUCAACAAUAAUAGAGACUAAGGAUGAGCUCGAGGAGAGAAUGGAGCGUGGAUAUGAGUCUUUGACGAAACUCACCACAGAUCUGUCAGAGCGUGAGGCUCAUGAUGCGCUCAAUGCCGCAGCUUGUAAAAGUAUGCAGCAACACGAGGAGAUAACACUUGGCCUUCUGUAUAGCAUUUUAACAAAUCCUGCAGCAGCGUCCAAGUCAUACCGGGAUUUGACGCUUGUGUCGCGUGACGGCAUGGCGACGGCAUGGGCAAGGUUGAAUCAGAUUAUUAUUGAACGAUAUCCAAAGUUGGUAGAGUCGGCAAGGACACAAGUCGUCUGGUACACCAAAGAAAUGGUCAAUAACGGGGUCACUGGAGUGGAUAAUGUCUGUUCUUCAUUAAUAAAGCAAAUUGCUGGUGGAGAUGUUAGUCCUAAGAAUGUAUGGCUGGCAGAGAACCUUCUAGAUAUAUUUACUGAAAAGAGAGCAUGGUUGGACAAGUAUCCAGUAUUGACAAACAUGGCAUUGUAUACAUAUUUAAGAAUAAUUGAGGACCAUAGUAGCCCCAUGCUGGUUCCACUUAGACAAAGAGAAGUUGAUUUCUGCAUCUCACUACUUAGAUCAAAGUUUUCAGAUUGCUGUAGGAUUGGUCGAGAUUUACUGAGGCUCUUGCAGAAUGUUGCUAGGAUACCAGAAUUUGAAAAACUCUGGACAGAGAUUUUACAUAGUCCUCAAACCCUUAGCUCGAACCCACAGUUUACAGGAAUAAUGCAAUUAUUGUCACAAAGGACAUCCCCUAAGUACUUGGCAUGUAGACUAACACCAGACAUGGAGAAGAAACUUGUUUUCCUAACCUCAAAGGUAAAGUUUGGUCAACAAAAACGAUAUCAGGACUGGUUUCAGAAACAGUACUUAUCAACACCCGAGAGCCAAUCACUGCGAUGUGACCUGAUUCGCUACAUCUGCGGAGUUGUCCAUCCAUCCAAUGACAUCUUGUGUUCAGAUGUCAUACAAAGAUGGGCUGUAAUUGGUUGGUUACUCACCACAUGUACUUCCAAUGUAGCUGCGUCGAGUGCCAAGUUAGCUCUGUUCUAUGAUUGGCUCGUUUUUAGCUCACCAAAAGGAAAUAUCAUGGAUAUAGAACCUGCAAUUCUUGUUAUGCAUCAUUCAAUGCGAUCACAUCCUGCAAUAACAGCCACACUGCUUGAUUUCUUAUGUAGGAUUAUUGCCAAUUUUUACCCACCAUUAGAAGCUCAAAUUCGCCAAGGGGUUUUUAAUUCCCUACGAGCCAUUCUAGAGAAAAGAGUUCUUUCAUCACUAUCACCGCUUUUUGAUAACUCUAAAUUGGAUAAAGAGCUGCGGUCCAUGAUUAGGGAGAACUUUUCAGAAUUUUGUACACCAGAGACACCACCAGCUGUCAAAGAACCAGCAGCAGCUCUGGAUGCUGGAGAACCAAUGCAGAAAGAUGAUGAUACUGCAGCCCAGUCAAACCACAAGGAAGAGACAGUACCAGAAUUUAGUGAUGAGGAGGAGGAUGAAAGAAUGAACUGUAAGGUGGACGAAAUGACCUUCCGUCCAAUAAAUGAAGAAGAGGAGGAGGAUAACGUUGACAUUGAGUCGUAUUUGGAACAAAUUGAUGGUAAUUUGAAAGAUAUUUGUGAACAGCUUUAUGAACAAAGGGAUACAGACAUGGAAAGGCAGUGUGAAUUAAUUGAGAACCUGUGUAGUGUCAUCCUUGACACAGAUUCCUUUGAUGCUGAUACUGCAGGACCCCUAGCCAUGUUUCUUUGUACUCUGUACAAGACCCAUUUUACAAGUGAAUUACUUCCUCAAGAUAUCAAUGAAGAAUCAAUAGAAGACUCCAUAGGAAAGCCAAUUUUUGUAAUUUUUAGAAAUCUUAAUCAAGAGAAUGAAGAUGAACUCUGUCCUGUAGAAUUAUUAACGUUGGUUUGUUGUAUGUACGAAAAACAGAAGCAAAUAGGAUAUCACCUUCUUUACUUCCUGCAAGCGAGUAAGAAGUCAUCGGAAAAUAAGCUUGCUGUGUAUGAAGAAGUCUGCAAGAACACAGAGCUCAAAGAUCUCUCCAAAUGUCUAGUGAAAGAUUUCAAGACGUGCGAAGAAGAUGACCCAAGAUUGAUGUGUUAUCUUAUCCAACCUGUAUAUGCAAAUUUUCCAGAUGCUACUGUCAAGAACAUUGAACUUCUCAACAUUGUUGCUGGAUCCUUAGAUUCAGCUCAGCUUCAGGAUCUGAUCUGUGAAAUCAUGGAAGGUUGUCUGGAGAUCUUCAAGAAGGACUCAGUUGCCAGUGUUUUAGAUCACCCUGAAGCUUUGGCUAGUAUUUUACUGAUGCUUAAGCUUGAAAGGUGUACGUUGGACUUUCUGAGGCCUGUGCUGUGUCGCGUCGGUCAAAACGGCGAUCGAUUUGCAACAGCAAUUCUUUGUAAUUGGAUUAUACAAGAUGAACAGCACAUUGCAGAGCAAACCAAGACGCUCAUGAUGCGAUCAACCACAUCAAACAAACGAAUAAGACAAAGAACCAAUCCUAAGCUUCAGAACCCAACUCCACCACAGAUCCUGGCCCAUCUAGAUGCACUCAGACAGGCAGCAGGUAUCCGACAGACAAUGUUCUUUAGCCAAGAACCAGUAUUGCAGGGUUUGCAACAUAUUCAAAAGGCAUGUACUGAUGCACAAAAAACAAAAUACAGUGACCUAUUUGCACUAGUAGACUUCAUUGAAGACUCAAGUCGAUCAACACGUAGUGGGCGUGGCACACGUCGUUCACCAGGCGUUACAAGUCCAAGAAAUAAAAAACAAGUUUCCAAUAAUGAUAACUCUUCAUCAGAUUCAGAGGAGAAUGAAGAGGUUACAAAACCUAAACCAAAGAAAAGGAAGAAAUCCACUGUAGCAGCUGGAUCAGACAGUGAUUGAAAAAUUUUUUAAGAAGGAAAUGUGCAAAAGGAUGAAGAGGAUGAACAUUGAGUGAAAUCUGGUGGUACCAAUGUAGAAAAACUACAAAAAAGCUUGCUGAAUGAAGAGUUUAUUGGUCUACGGAUGGCGUGCUUCACAUGUGGAUUGCCACGUCAUUUGUAUUUGCUGAAAAGCUUCUUAUUCUUCCAAAUUAAACAGAAUGCAACAACAUUUUUAAAUCUUAUAAAAGACUAACAUUAUCUAGAAUUUACGAAGUGUAUUAUAUGGAACAAAUGUGUAUCUACGAUUUUGACUCAGAACCUAGUGAUUUGAAGCAAAGAGUAUACAAUUGUGCUCCAACGAAACCCUGGCAAUCGGACCUCUUGCAGUACAUCUUGUUAUUGGUUAACAAGUUUACUCAUUAUUUCUCUAUCACAAUCUCAGUUUAAUCAUGAAGAUGGUUAUAACAUUCAUUUUAUUAUUUUUUUUAUUAUAUUCAUCAAAUAUUAGGUAAUAAUGUCAAACUAUUCCAAAACUUUUAAAUCGCUUCAUAUUUCUUCAUCAAGCGGGUUAAGAACUCAAAAAUAGUUGAUAAUAUUUCUACGAAAUCAUGCAAUACUGAUUUAAUUAUGAAAUUCAUCAGUAUUUUAGCAGCAGCAUUUUUUUUAUUUGGACUCUGUAUGUAAUUACAAACAUUUCUUCAAAUAAAACAAUUUAUAGAUCCAGGCAAGACAACCACACUCCAAGAAUAGAAUACAUUGACUUUGUGCCAACUACAUAGGUCCAGUCUGAUUGGACACUCCAAAAUAUUUUACGUUGCAAGCAAUAACUGAAUCAAAUUUUGUUACCAAUCAGAUUGGUAUCAGAGAGCAAUGUAGCUCAUAUUUGUCACGUUUGCAUGUUAAGAACAUUUAUUUGAAAGAUGAAUAGGUAACCACCAUCACUAUACUUAGGGCACAAUAAUAAAUCAAAAUGAAUUUUGUGGAUAGCAAUGUUGAAAUUGUGAAGCACAUUGAAGGCUUCUACAAUUGACCUUUCCACAGUGUCAAUCUGACUUACCAACUGACCAAUCAGAACAGGGCAACAACUGACCAAUUAGAACAGGGCCAGGAAUAUGCAUUAGUCAAACAAGCACACACAAGCCUGGUUCUCACGAGAGUCCUUGUAUCCGGAUCGGGAGCUAACCAUUAGCGCUAACUGUUAGCCCCUGCGUGACAACGCCCAAUCCGGAUACCGCUAACGGUUAGCAAGCGCUAUCGGUUAGCAAGUUGAGCGCGUUUUUAUCAUCAACCAAUCACACGUACGCGUUUACAAUUUCCAGUCUCUUAUUGGCCAGUGAUUCGAUCAUAUUUUUUGUAUCCGGAUUGGGAUUUUCCCGUAUGGACACACGUCAGCUAACAGUUAGCAGGAUCCGGAUCCUGCUGACCGUUAGCAGCCGUGUGAGAACAUAGCCUAUGUGUCCCACAAACCACGUUUUUUCGUUUCGUUCGUUUUUUACACUGUCGUUUCAUUAUACAGAAUAUCACAGCCCACUUCAUAUUAUUGUGAACAACAUGCAACGUUAUUUGCUCCUUGUAUUCCAAGUCCUUGGUACUCCCAGUCAAGUGUGGCCAAAUGCAUUCAAAAUAGAGAAGUGCGGUAAAGCCUACUUAAUUAUAUUUCUGGGUUGAAGAGUUGAAAAUCAGAGUUCUCGCCCAAGGACAGAAGCUUUAAUGGAGUUGAUGAACCAGACUGACACCCUUAAAAGAACUUGCAGAUGAAUUUUGAAAUAAUUAUAAUGAAUAUCUUUUAAUUUAAAGUGUAUUUCAUUUUGUGGAAUAUAUUAUAUAUUGGAAUUGGAUAAACUAGAUGUUUGGUUCCUUUGAUAAUUUUUGAAUAAACUCAGAUAUGUAAUUAACAUAAGAUGAACUUCCAAAUAAAUAACUGAGCAAAUUUGUUUCAAAAAUAGAUUGGAAGAUAUAUUGAUAUAUAAUUGAUAUAUAAAUAUGUUAUUUGCAUAACAAAAGUUUUUUUUCUAUUAUAUGUAAUAUAUUGUAAAUAAACUGUAUUUUACAUUUUUGAAGAAUUUGUGUGUUUGUGAUCACAAUUCGUGUAGAUGGGUACAUGGGAGACAGUAUUGGCUAUACUCAUUACUCGCUCUUUCUUAGGUCUAA